GGCGGGCCGAGGGCGGGGGCCGCGAGGGAGGUAGGGCGGGCCUGGCGAGCGGCGCCGCGGGGUUGGCUGCUACCCCGAGGCCGGACUCAACGGAUCCGGGCCGCGCCACCGGGCGAGCUCGCCGCCCGGCCCACCCCGGAGUUACCAAGCGAGCGAGCGAGGCAGCGCCGCGCGAUUUGCUUGUAAAUGCAUCACAAAGAGGCAGCCCAGAAUGAAGAAAGCAAGCAGGAGUGUUGGCUCGAUGCCUAAAGUGUCUGGGAUCAGUAAGACACAAACGGUAGAGAAAGUCAAGCCGGAGAACAGCUCCUCAGCACCUACAGGAAGCAAACUUGUAAAACCUGGAGCAGCAGCCCUGUCCAAGACCAAGAGCAGUGAUGACCUUUUAGCUGGAAUGGCCGGAGGGGUGACCGUGACUAAUGGUGUUAGAGGAAAGAAAAGCACCUGUCCACCUGCAGCACCUGCAGCAUCUGCCCCGGCCAUGACCACCGUGGAGAACAAAUCCAAGAGUAGCACAGGCACAAGUUCUUCAACCAAGCGGAGCACUUCUACAGGAAAUAAAGAAUCCAGUUCUGCAAGAGAAAGACUACGUGAACGCACCCGACUAAGCCAGAGCAAGAAACUGCCUUCUGCCGGUCCGGGAGCUGCUGAGGUGGCGCUGGCCAAGCGUUCCCGCAGCCGCACCGCUGUGGAGUGUGACGUUCGUAUGAGCAAGUCUAAGUCGGACAAUCAGAUCAGCGACAAGGCUGCUUUGGAAGCCAAAGUGAAAGAUCUUCUCACACUGGCAAAAACUAAAGACGUGGAAAUUUUACAUUUGAGAAAUGAACUCCGAGACAUGCGCGCUCAGCUGGGCAUUAAUGAAGAUCAUUCCGAGGGUGACGAAAAAUCAGAGGAGAAGGAAACCAUUAUUGCUCACCAGCCCACUGACGUGGAGUCCACUUUACUGCAAUUACAGGAGCAGAACACUGCCAUCCGUGAAGAGCUCAACCAGCUGAAAAACGAAAACAGAAUGUUGAAGGACAGGCUGAAUGCACUGGGCUUUUCCCUCGAGCAGAGGUUGGACAACUCUGAAAAGCUGUUUGGUUAUCAGUCCCUGAGCCCAGAGAUCGCUCCUGGGAACCAGAGCGAUGGAGGAGGGACUCUGACCUCCUCAGUGGAAGGCUCUGCCCCAGGGUCAGUGGAGGAUCUUUUGAGUCAGGAUGAGAAUACGCUCAUGGACCACCAGCACAGUAACUCCAUGGACAAUCUAGACAGCGAGUGCAGUGAGGUCUACCAGCCCCUGACGUCGAGUGACGAUGCGCUGGAUGCCCCGUCGUCUUCGGAGUCGGAAGGCAUCCCCAGCAUGGAGCGCUCUCGCAAGGGGAGCAGCGGGAAUGCUAGUGAGGUGUCUGUGGCGUGCUUGACAGAGCGAAUCCACCAGAUGGAGGAGAACCAGCACAGUACGAGUGAGGAGCUGCAGGCCACUCUGCAAGAGUUAGCCGACUUACAGCAGAUCACCCAGGAGCUGAACAGUGAAAACGAAAGGCUCGGCGAGGAGAAGGUUAUUCUGAUGGAGUCUCUGUGUCAGCAGAGCGAUAAGUUGGAACACUUCAGCCGACAGAUCGAGUAUUUCCGGUCCCUUCUAGACGAACACCACAUCUCUUAUGUCAUAGAUGAGGAUGUAAAAAGUGGACGCUACAUGGAAUUAGAGCAGCGUUACAUGGACCUGGCUGAGAAUGCCCGUUUUGAGCGAGAGCAGCUCCUUGGUGUCCAGCAGCAUUUAAGCAAUACUUUGAAGAUGGCAGAACAAGACAACAAGGAGGCUCAAGAAAUGAUAGGAGCCCUCAAGGAGCGCAGCCACCACAUGGAGCGGAUUAUUGAGUCCGAGCAGAAGGGCAAGGCGGCUUUGGCGGCCACACUGGAGGAGUACAAAGCCACAGUGGCCAGCGACCAGAUAGAGGUGAACCGCCUGAAGGCCCAGCUGGAGAACGAAAAGCAGAAGGUGGCCGAGCUGUAUUCCAUCCAUAACUCUGGAGACAAGUCUGACAUUCAGGAUCUCCUGGAGAGUGUUAGGCUGGACAAAGAAAAAGCAGAGGCUUUGGCGAGCAGCCUGCAGGAAGAUUUGGCUCACACCCGGAAUGAGGCCAAUCGCCUGCAGGACACCAUCGCCAAGGUGGAAGAUGAAUACCGAGCCUUCCAAGAAGAAGCUAAGAAACAGAUUGAAGAUCUGAAUAUGACAUUAGAAAAAUUGAGAUCAGAGCUGGAAGAAAAAGAGACGGAAAGGAGUGACAUGAAGGAAACCAUCUUUGAACUUGAAGAUGAAGUAGAGCAACAUCGGGCUGUGAAGCUUCAUGACAACCUUAUUAUUUCUGAUUUAGAGAAUACAGUUAAAAAGCUCCAGGACCAAAAACAUGACAUGGAAAGAGAAAUCAAGACACUGCACAGGAGACUCCGGGAAGAAUCUGCGGAAUGGCGGCAGUUUCAGGCUGACCUCCAGACUGCGGUGGUCAUUGCCAAUGACAUUAAAUCCGAAGCCCAGGAAGAGAUUGGCGAUCUGAAGCGCCGGCUCCAUGAGGCUCAAGAGAAAAAUGAGAAACUCACGAAAGAGCUGGAGGAAAUCAAGUCACGCAAGCAAGAGGAGGAGCGAGGCCGAGUGUACAACUACAUGAAUGCUGUGGAGAGGGAUCUGGCAGCCCUGCGGCAGGGAAUGGGGCUGAGUAGAAGAUCCUCGACUUCCUCAGAGCCAACCCCUACGGUGAAAACCCUCAUCAAGUCCUUCGACAGUGCAUCUCAAGUUCCAAACCCUGCAGCAGCUGCAAUUCCUCGAACACCUCUGAGUCCCAGCCCUAUGAAAACCCCUCCAGCAGCAGCUGUGUCCCCUAUGCAGAGACAUUCCAUCAGUGGACCAAUCUCAGCAUCCAAACCCCUGACAGCCCUUUCAGAUAAGAGACCAAACUAUGGGGAGAUCCCUGUUCAAGAGCACCUGUUAAGGACGUCGUCCACCAGCCGACCUGCCUCACUGCCCAGAGUACCUGCCAUGGAAAGUGCCAAGACCAUCUCAGUGUCUCGACGAAGUAGUGAAGAAAUGAAACGGGACAUCUCUGCGCCCGAGGGAGCUUCGCCAGCCUCUCUCAUGGCCAUGGGCACCACGUCACCCCAGCUCUCGCUGUCCUCCUCUCCCACAGCGUCUGUGACCCCCACCACCCGCAGCCGGAUAAGGGAAGAAAGGAAGGACCCUCUCUCUGCGUUGGCAAGAGAAUACGGAGGAUCAAAGAGGAACGCCUUGCUGAAGUGGUGUCAGAAGAAGACAGAAGGCUAUCAGGUACAUUAUCAAGGAGCUGGAUCAGAAGUGGAGCAGCUGGGACUCAAACUAGCACUCAUAUGGGAUGCUGCACCGCAACGUUCAUCCCUGUUUAUAGCUUUUAGCUAAAUCAUUUCUCAUAACAUUUUCCCAUCCCAUUGUUCUUUGUGUCCUAAUCAUUUCACAUCUGGUCUGUUUUAAUACUCUGCCAUUUCCUACCCUAUCUUUUUGUCUCUUUCAAUAUUUAAUUCAGGUUUUAUUUUAUUUACUUACUUUACCUUUAUUAUGAAGGCAAAGAGAGAGACAGAGAUCUUCUAUUUGGCUCACUUGCCAAAUGCCUGCAAUAGCUAGGGUUGGGCUAGACCAAAGCCAGGAGUCUGGAACUCAAUCCAGAUCUCCCACUGAAGGACAGGGACCCAGUAUUUGAGCCACUGCCUGCUACCUCCCAGGCGCACAUGAGCAGGAAGAUGGAUUGGAAGUGGAUAAUGUGGGACUCAAACCAGGCACUCCAGUGCGGGGUGCAGGUGUCCCAAGUGGCAUCUUUUUUUUUUUUUUUUUUAAAGAUUUUUUUAUUUCAAAGGCAGAGGUAGAGAGGGAGGGAAGGAGGGAGGGAGGGAGAGAGAGACAGAGAGAGAGAGAGAGAGAGAGAGAGAGAGAGGUCGGUUUUUCAUCCACUGGUUCACUCCCCAGAUGGCCAUAAUGGCUGGAGCUGUGCCAGUCUGAAGCCAGGAACCUGGAGCUGCUUCCAGUUCUCCCACAUGGGUGCAGGGCCCCAAGUCGGGCCAUCUCUUACUGCUUUCCCAGGCCAUAGCAGAGAGCUGGAUUGGAAGUGGAGCAGCCAGGACUAGAACCAGUGCCCACAGGGGAUACUGGUACCGCAGGUGGCGGCUUCACCCGCUACUCCACAGCGCUGGCCCCAAGCUGCAUCUUAACCGCCACACCAAAUGGGCUCCCCCCACCCAAUUCUGUUUUAAGCAAUGUUAAAUAUCACUCUGGAAGGGAGACUCUCAUUCCAUAUAAAAAGGAAACUUCUAAGAUGUAUCCAUUACAAAAAAUAUAGUUUAGAUUCUGUGCCAAAAAAUACAGUUUAGAUUCUGGUUGCCUCACCUAUGAUCUUCAGUUACAAAGAUUCUGUCCAGCCUGCAGCUGGCUUCUCAUACUGUGGUACACAUUCAGAAAAGUACAUGAGAAGAAAGGAGUUCUGUGUUCUCAGUAUCAACACAUCCGUCCUCAUCUCACUGAAAAAAGGAACUAGCUGCAACAUUUGCAUGUAGUUUUUAUGCAGUAAAGGUAAUGAAGUAGUAAAGGAGCAGUUUAAGAUCUACCAGUAACAAGUCCCUCUUGAACAAAAUUCUGCAUGACUUCAAGUGGUAAUCUUCAGCUCACUUAAGAUCAAAGAAUCAAAUAUAUUGUAAUGGACAUAGAUGAAACUCUUAAUAAGGAAUGAGGAUUUGCUGAGAGCCUACAUGUCUCCAGCUUCCAUCCACUGUUGAUGAGGCUGUGGAGAAAUGGGUAGCCUUUUGCAUUGUGGGGAGAAUAUAAGAUGAGUAAGUAGCUACUGUGGAAAACCUCUAAGAAAAUAUAAUUACAUGUGAUCUGGGAUUUUUUAAUUCCACAUUUAUACCCACAAGAAUUGAAAGCCGGGGCUUGACAAGACACUUCACACAUGCUCCUAGCGGCAUAGUUCACAGGAGCUAAAAGGUGGGAGCAACCCAGCUGUCCAUCAACACAUGGGCAAAUGUUGUAUAUACACACUGCGAAUAUCAGCCUUCCUUAGUAGGAAAUAUAGUUCUGACCCAGGUUACUGCAUGAAGAUACUGUGCUAAAUGCAACAGGCCAAAUAUGAUAUGAUUACACUUACGUGAAAUACCUAGAAUAGUCCCUUCCAAAGGCACAGGAGGUAGAAUGGUUCCCAGAGGCUGGAGGAAGGAGAGAAGGGUAUCAUUGUGUAACUGAUACAGAGUUUUUGUGUCGUGAGAUGAAAAAGCUCUGGAGAUGGGUAGUGGUGAUGAUACUGUGAUUUACUUACUGCCACUGACCUGUGUAUGUAUGUGUGUGUGUGUGUGUGUGCAUACACACACACACACACACACACACAUAUAUAUAUACACACACACACACAUAUAUAUUUUAUUUUUUGACAGGCAGAGUGGACAGUGAGAGACAGAAAGGUCUGCCUUUUCCGUUGGUUCACCCCGCAAUGGCCGCCGCGGCUGGUUCGCUGUGGCUGGCGCACUGCGCUGAUCCAAAGCCAGGAGCCAAGUGCUUCCUCCUGGUCUCCUAUGCGGGUGCAGGGACCCAAGCACUUGGGCCAUCCUCCACUGCACUCCCGAGCCACAGCAGAGAGCUGGACUGGAAGAGUAGCAACCGGGAUAGAAUCCGGCGCCCCGACCAGGACUAGAACCCGGUGUGUCGGUGCCGCAGGCGGAGGAUUAGCCUAUUGAGCUGCGUUGCCAGCCAAACUGGCCUGUAUAUUUAAAGGUAGUUAAAAUCGUAAAUGUUAUGUUUUUUAUUUUACUAGAAUAAAAAAGUUUCUAAAAUGGAUGAAAUGAUAAGUUUUGUUAUAUAUAUUUUACAUAUAAAAAAACUGUAGAAAAUGCAAAUGAUUGAGAAAGAGCUAGAUAGAAAACCAGCAAGGAGAAGACUUAAGUAACACUGUUUACCAACUGGACCUGAAAGAUAUUUAUAGAACUAUAUCCAGUAACAGCCGGGUACACCUUCUCAGAUGCACCUGGAACAUUCUAAGAGAGGAUGUAUAUCAGUCAUGAAACCAAUCUCAGUAAAUUUAAAAAGAUUGGAAUCAUAUACAUUUGAUUCAGUUACUUCUAAUCAUAAUGAGAUACAAUUAGAGAUCAUAAGAAAAACUAGAAAAUGUGUAUGUGUAUGGAAAUUAAACCACACACUUAACCAGUGGUUCAAAGAAUAAAUCACAAGGGAAAUUAGAAUAUGCAUGAAGAGAACAGACUGGAAAAACAACAAACCAAAAUUUAUUGCAGUGAGGCUGUGAAAGCGGUUCUCAGAGGGAAACUGAAAGCUAGAAAUGCCUGCCUUUAGGAAGAUAGACCCCAAUGCAGUAAUCUAAUCAUCUACUUGUAAGUAAGUAGGAAAAAAAGAUGGGUGUUUGGCCUAGGGGUUAAGACAUACUGGCCUACAUUCCUUCCCACAUCAGAGUGCCUUGGUUCAACUCCUGAUCCUGGCUCUGGCUCCUGACUCCAACUUCUUACUAAUGCAAAGCUAUGGGAGGCAGCAGGUGAUGGCUCAAACGGUUGGGUUCCUGCCAUCCAUGUAAGAGCACGGGAUUGAGUUCCAAGCUCCGGACUUUAGCAAUCUCUUUGUUGUCAAGUCUGUUUCACUCUCUCUCUGCCUCUCGAGUGAAUGAAAGUAGAAAAAGGAAACUAAACCUGAAGCAAGCAGAAGGAAAGUAGUAAUAAAGAUUAAAGAAGAAAUAAAUGGGGGCCGGUGCUGUGGCGUAGCUGGUAAAGCCGCCGCCUGCAGUGCUGGAAUCCCAUAUGGACACCGGUUCAAGUCCUGGCUGCUACACUUCUGAUCUGUAUAUGAUCUUUCCUCUGCUAUGGCCUGGGAAAGCAGUAGAAGAUGGCCCAAAUCCUUGGGUCCCUGUACCCACACGGGAGACCCAGAAGAAGCUCCUGGCUCCUGGCUUCAGAUCAGUACAGCUCUGGCCGUUGGUGGUCAUCUGGGGAGUAAACCACCUUGUUUUAGCCUGGUUCAGUCUUGGCUACCCAGGGCAUUUGGAAGUAAACUGGUGGAUGGGAGAGCUCUAUUUACCUCUCUGUCUCACUUUCUGUCUAUCUCUCUGCCUUUCAUAUAAAUACAAAGUUAAUUAAAAAAAAAAAAAAGACAAUGCUUUAUUUAUAACAUCAAAAGGAACAAAACACUUAGGAAUAAAGUUAACCAAGCAGGUACAAGUCUUUUUUUUGUUUUGUUUUUCGUUUUUAGCUUUUAUUUGAUAAAUACAAAUGUCAUAAGUAUAGUUUUAGGAAUAUACUGGUUCUUCCCCCCAUACCCACCCUUCCACCCCACCCACCCUCCCACCCCAACUCCCAUCACACCUCCUACUCCCUCUCCCAUCCCAUUCUUCAUUAAGAUUCAUUUAGCUUUAUAUAUAGAAGACCGACUCUGUACUAAGUAAAGAUUUCAACAGUUUGCACCUACACAGACACACAAAGUAUAAAGUAUUGUUUGAAGACAAGUUUUACUGUUAAUUCUGAUAGUACAACUCAAUAAGGACAGAGGUCCUACAUGGGGAGCAAGUGCACAGUGAUUCCUAUUGUUGAUUUAACAAUUGACACUCUUAUUUAUGAAGUCAGUGAUCACCCGAGGCUCUUGUCAUGAGCUGCCAAGGCUAUGGAAGCCUUUUGAGUCCAUAAACUCCGUCAGUAUUUACAAGGGCCAUAAGGAAAGUAGAAGUACUCUCUUCCCUUCAGAGAAAAGUACCUCCUUUGAUGGCCCCUUCUUUCCACUGGGGUUUCACUCACAGAGAUCCUUCAUGUAGAUCUUUUUUGCCAGUGUCUUGGCUUUCCAUGCCUGAAAUGCUCUCAUGGGGUUUUCAGCCAGAUUUGAAUGCCUUAAGGGCUGAUUCUGAGGCCAGAGUGCUGUUUAGGGCAGUUGUCAUUCUGUGAGUCUACUGAGGCACAAGUCUUAAUCCAAAAUAUUGAUAAAGGAAAUUAAAAUAAAAAUAAUUGCAAAGACAUCCUUGUUUGUGGAUUGGAAGUUUUGAUCCAUAAUACAGCAUAGGUGAUCCUUGAAAAUUCUGUGCUAAGUUAGGGGAGACAGAAAAUUGCAGCGCAAAGGACUUUGAUUUGUCAGACCUGAGAGCAGGUAUGAAAUGGAUACUCUGAGCUCUGCUGAAUGUCGAGAAUAUCAACACUGGUGUCUGGCUACUGGUUUGGUCAAGAACUGCAGUCUCCAGCAUAUAUGAAUAUUAAUAUUCCACAAUUUUUUUCCUUGACCAUUUUUAUUGAGAUAUACCACAUAUGAUAUAGUUUGUCCAUUUAAAAUUUAGUGUAUUUUCAGAGUUGUGCAACCAUCACUAUACAGUUUUGGUAUGUUUGCACCACUCCAAAAAGAAGUUCUGUACCUAUUAGCAGUUAUUCCCCUUUUGCCCUGUAGGGCCUGCGAUCACUAUUCUCCUCUCUCUCUCUCUGUAGAUGUGCAUAUUAUAGACAUUUCAUAUGAAUGAAAUCAUCUUCUGUGACUGACUUCUUUCACUUAUAUCAGUUUUUAAAAAAUUUAAAGUAUUAUUAUUUGAAAGGCAGAGUGACAGUGUCCCAACCACUGCUUCAUUCUCUGAAUGCCUACAAUGGCCAGGACUAGGCUGAUGUCAGAACUAGGAGCCUGCAUUGCAGUCCAGGUCUCCUACAUGAGUGGCAGGAACCAGUUGCUUGAGCUGUCAUCUGCUGCCUCCCAGGAUCUGCAUUGACAGGGUGCUGGAGGUAGGAGCUAGAACUGGCAGUUGAACCCAGGCACUCUGCUGUGGGAUGCAAAUGUCUUAGCCACUAGGCUGAAUGCCUACCCCAGCAUCAUGUGUUCUUCAUGUUUGUGUAUGUUGUAGUGUAUUUCAGUAUUUCGGUCUUUUUGAGACUAAAUAAUCCAUGGUCUGGAGGCUGUGUCUUGUUGACCCAGUCUUCUAUUGGUGGGCAGUUGGGGUUUCUCCUGCUUUUUUGGCUGUUACAACUGUUGUUGCAAUGAACAUUUAUGUACAAGCUUUCGUGUGGACAUAGGUAAUCCUUUAAUCCUGUUGGUCAUUUUCUAGCCUGCUGCCAAAAUGUCUUUGAAAUUAUGAUCUUAUUACAUAUUUUUAAAGAGCUUCAUUUCUUUCCCGUUUGCCAUUUGGUUUAAGUCCAGGAUCCCUGGAAUGAAGAGUAAUAUCCCUGAUGUUUGAUCUGGCCCAAGGACUAUUGCCGACUCCUGCUUGAAGACCCCAGUCUCACCUUCCCACCAGACGCCCCUGUCCUCACUCUGCCCUUGCGUCUGGAGAUUGUCUGUUCUUCAGCUCAGAAGUCAGCGUCUGUGCUGAAUCGUUUUUGUUCCCACUCUGGCCCUGCAGAGGUUCCUCCCUCAUCACUGCCUGCACAUACCCCGCACACAUCCUCCCCAGAGCCAGGUUCUUUCUUAACUUGAUCCUAGUCCAGGUUAGAAUGUUUUUUAUAUUUCAAGGUAUGUUCUUCUGGGAUCUCUGUGUUUAUAUAAAACACGUUCUGUGUGGUCAGAGCGGUAGUGUACAUCACUGACUGGAGUUGUCAGUUGGCAUGUCUGCCAGCUUUAGGAACUGUGAGCUCCUUAGAGGGAUCAGUCUUUGUCUCCCAGAAUCUGGCAUAAGGCUUGGCAUGAGGCAGAGCUGAGGCACUGUCUGCACCUACCUACUACUCCAUGUAUCAGAAUACUUUCACUUUUAUUUUAUUUGUGAGACACAGUGAGGGUCAUCUACUGGCUCAGUCCUCAAAUGCCUUCUGAUCUAGGAACCAGGAACACAAUUCACAUCUCCCACAUGGUGGCACGGGGACCACGUUAUUGCCACUCAUGGUCUGCAUUGGCAGGAAGUUGGGUUCAGGAGCCAGAACGAGGUAUUAAACUCAGGUACUGUGUUGUGAGUCAAUGGGCAUUUUAACUGCUAGGGUAAAUGCCUACCCUGGAAGUUCAUUUUUAGAACAGUGAUUCUCAAACUUGUGUAUAAAAACCUUAGCAUUAUGGAAAAAGUGCAGAUUCCUAGGAACCCUAAGGAAUUUGUUUGUAAUUUAAGAGGUAAGGGUUUGUAAUGUAAGGGUUUAUAAUUUAAGAGGUACAAAGUAAGAAUCUAGAAUGUUCCUUUUUACAAACACCCCAGGGGAUCCACUUGUAGGUGGUCACAGGCCCUGCAGGAAGACUGAUAGAGGAGUGGUGGGGACCUUGAGUUUUCAUAUCAGUGCUAUUUGAAUGUGAGCUCUGCUGCUUGCUGAGUGACUCUGGGCAGAUUAAUCUCUUUGUGCCUGAGUUUCCUCCUUUGGUAAUAGAGCAUUGAGGCAGUCAGGUGGGUCUUACGAUAUACCACGUAUUUAAUAGAUUUUUGAGUUACUAUUUUCUUCCACAUUGCCAGGUGUCGUCUUGUAGCUUUGUAUUUCCCUAGACUCCUUCCUACAUUGGGUAACUAGAGAUUAUAGCAUACCUCUUCCUUAGAAGAGCUUUGCCUUGGAUCAUGCUAAGUACAUGGAGAGAAUUCAAGCAUUACACCAGUGACUUAACUAAUUUCACUUGGUUCCUUCCAAUUUAUGUUUGCUGAUUGUGUGAUCUUAAGAUGCUUAUAUUUUGAUCAAAUAAUACGAAUCAGUUGCUUCAAUUAAUAAUUUUAAGUUUUGGGGCUGGCGCUGUGGCGUAGUAGGCUAAGCCUCUGCCUGUGGCAUCACCAUCCCAUAUGGAGGCCGGUUUGUGUCCUGACUACUUUGCUUCUGAUCUAGCUUUCUGCUUAUGGCCUGGGAAAGCAGUGGAAAAUGGCCAAAGUGCUUGGGCCCCUGCAUCCACAUGAGAGACCUGGAGGAAGCUCCUGGCUCCUGGCUCCUGGCUCCUGGCUCCUGGCUCCUGGCUCCUGGACUCCUGGCUCCUGGCUCCGGUUCAGCUCACCUCUGGCCAUUGUGGCCAUUUGAGGAGUGGGCCAGUGGAUGGAAGAUCUCUCUCUUCUAUCUCUCCCUCUCUCUCUAACUCUGUCUCUCAAAUAGGUAAAUAAAAUCUUUAGAAAAAUUUUUAAAUUUUUUUUGUUUACCUGAUCUUAACAGUGUAGGAGCCGGCACCGUGGCUCACUAGGCUAAUCCUCCGCCUUGUGGUGCUGGCACACCGGGUUCUAGUCCCGGUCGGGGCGCUGGAUUCUGUCCCGGUUGCCCCUCUUCCAGGCCAGCUCUCUGCUGUGGCCCGGGAAGGCAGUGGAGGAUGGCCCAAGUGCUUGGGCCCUGCACCCCAUGGGAGACCAGGAUAAGUACCUGGCUCCUGCCAUCGGAUCAGCGCAGUGCGCCGGCCACAGCACACCGCCGUGGCGGCCAUUGGAGGGUGAACCAACGGCAAAGGAAGACCUUUCUCUCUGUCUCUCUUUCUCACUGUCCACUCUGCCUGUCAAAAAAAAAAAAAAAAAAAAAGUGUAGGAAGGACGCUAAUGCACAGUAGGGCAGUUAACUCAUAAAGAAAAACCUUUCUAUGUACUGCAGGGUCUAUUCCAAACCCAGUCCCCCUUUCUUGCUUCCAUAGGAUAGCUAUGUUUGACUUUUGAGGAUUGGGGGUGUUGGCUUUUGUUUCCUGUGAGACAUGUCCGCUUUUGCCCUUUAAAAAUAAAUAAGAUACUGGUUCCUUUACAUCAGGGUCUGUGAGUUAAACAGUCUGAAAUGUAGAAUCUUUUCAAACUAAAAGACAUAGCUGAUAGAGCUGCUACUUUGUCAGGAGCUGUGUUAGAAGCGCUAGAGCCCUUUCGCUAUCUAGCUGUGGAUAUGGGCGAGCAUACCCAGUUUUGGAGCCAGCAGUUUGGGUUCGGUCCUUUCUUUGGUCUCUGACUUGUCCCAGUUUGCAGGAAGGGUGGGUUGUGACACUUGGCCAGCACAGCAGAGCAGGAGCUGUACGUGACACUUAGCACGUACUGCUCUCCAGACCCCACAUGUGUCAUUAGUGCUGGGGCCACGCACGCUCUGUGUCGAAGAAGCUGUCUCAUCAACGGAGAUAGAUUCCCUAAUACCCGUAUUAUCUUUCGUGAACUCUCUGAAGAGUCAUCGUAAAAUUACUGUGCUGAUUAGUGUAAUUUCAUUAACCAUCCAUUACAAAACAAGCCCUCUUGAGUUUGCCUUUUAUCUAACAAAUACAUUUUUUGUUCUAAAUUGUGCCCUGCCAUUUAUCAUUCACUGAAGUCUGAGAAUACUAGAAUAUUAGCGUUGAAAGGGCCUUGAUGUUUUUAUUUAUCGUCUGGCUUACAGAUGUGGGGUGGAAACCCCUGCGAGGCAAAGUGUGGAGAGUCUGUGGCCUCGCAGCCACUGUUUUGAGUUGAGUCUCUCUCUCCCUGUUUUUUUUUUUUUCUUUGUUCUUCUUCUCUUUUUUGGUUUAACUCAGUGCCUGCCUCAGUUUAUAUACCAUUACUUUUCAGAUUUAAAUUUGAAUAUGGAAUUAAAUCUAGCAGCUCUCCACCUCUGAUGUUUCUGUUUUCCCAUAAGCAACGCUCUGAAUUCUUUUAAAUUGUUUAUUUAUAAAUAAAUACUGGUAAAUACUAAUAAUGUAGGAGUAACCAACCAGAACAUAGAGUGUAUAAUUUAUACUUUCAGCACACUUUUCUUUGCUUUUGAGUUUUUAAUAUGUAAGAGCCUUUGUUUCACUGCUUUCUUGCUCUGUGAAUACCUGGCUACAGUUAGGAAGCCUCUGAAGGUUCAUGUGAGAGAGCUUCAUUCUGUGUGAGAAAUCUGGUUCCCUGUGAGAAGCCAGACCCAGAAAUGGAUUGGUUAAAUCCCUAGGAAAAUGAAAUCACUUAAUCUAGUACAAAAUAGUCUCGAUAAUUGAACAAUAGAUUUUAGAACCUGCUGAGGUAAUUUAAUCUCAGAGUGCAUGGCUUUCCUGAGGGAUGUGCUCCAUUAGAAGAAAAGAUGGGACAUUUCUUAGUGGAGAUUAGUGUUUCAGAGUGGACGGGCUCAGACGGGUCGGAGGCCAUGUUUUUAUGUGCUGUGCUUUACAUGCAUCCUGGCGGUUCGUUUCCAUUUUAAACAUUUAUCAAGCCAUAGUCACUCUGUGUCUGGUAGUGUGCUGGGUGCUGAAGCAGAAAGCAGGAAGUAGAAGUAGUUCUGUUCUCAGGAAGCUUAUGGACUAGUCAGUGAAAUAGAUAUCACUCGUUAAAAUGCAGUGUGGAGCGGGUGUUUGGGUCAGCCUGUGUUCAGGUCCCUGCGCGGCUCCCCAUCCAUUUUUCUGCUGUUGCGCACCUGGGAGGCAGGAAGUGAUGGCUCAAGAACUAGGGUCCCUGCCACCCCUGUGAGAGGCUCAGAUUCUGAGUUCCAGGCUUGCAGCUCUGGCCUGGCCCAGCAGUAGGUGUUGCAGGCAUUUGGGAGAAUGAGCCAGCAGAUAGAAGGUCUCUGUCUGUCUGUGUGUGCCUCUCUGUCUGUAUCUCUGUGUUGCUUUGCCUUCCGAAUAAAUAAAAAUAAGCUUUUUAAAGAGGACACAGUAUUAAGCUGGCGCCAUGGCUCAAUAGGCUAAUCCUCCGCCUUGCGGCGCCGGCACACCGGGUUCUAGUCCCGGUCGGGGCGCCGGAUUCUGUCCCGGUUGCCCCUCUUCCAGGCCAGCUCUCUGCUGUGGCCCGGAAGUGCAGUGGAGGAUGGCCCAAGUACUUAGGUCCUGCACCCACAUGGGAGACCAGGAGAAGCACCUGGCUCCUGGCUUCAGAUCAGCGUGGUGCGCCGGCCGCGGCGGCCAUUGGAGGGUGAACCAACGGCAAAGGAAGACCUUUCUCUCUGUCUGUCUCUCUCUCACUGUCCACUCUGCCUGUCAAAAAUUAAAAAAAAAAAGUACACAGUAUUUCUAAAAAGUAGGAAAAUUAAGUAUGGACUUCUAUUUGUGACUAUGAUAGAAAAGCAGACCUAAAGCAUGCUGUUUAAAGUAAAAAAUAAAUAAAUAAAGAUCUUCAAAGUCGUUGGGGACUGACUGUCCAAGGCAGCCAGGACAAAUUUGGCAGGAGCCAAGAUUGUAGAGAAAAAGCAAAUACCUUGGGCUGAGGCCCGUAUUUACCACUGCUUUUUUCCCUUGGGCAUUUACCAACUCCUGGCAUGGGGUAGAAGCCAAACAGAAAGCAGUGGUCCAGAGCUUGCUUCAGAAUCAUUGAGUAAGGAGACGAAAAUUUGAAUUCAGGGCUACUAAGGCAGCCAAGAAUUGAGGGUCUCAGAAAAAAAAAUGCAAAGAACACAGUAGUGAACUCAACAGUUGACUUGGCUUUUGCCAUCUGAGUAUUUUUCAGGCCCUAAGAUGCUAAACAAGAAAUUCAGUAGAAAGCUGUUGCCAAGAGGCUAAAAACUAGAGCCCAGCUUUUGUUGUCACAGUACUAGAGAAACAAGGAUGGCCAGAGAGGAGUAACCAGGCAAACACACCAGGCUUUCAAUGGAGACCUCAGAAGAACCAUGGCCUACAAAAAGGUUGCUUGGGAGCUGUAAGCAUGAAAUCCAGCUUCAAACACUUCCACUGACUGGAUCAAGCGAGGCCCCCCUUUCCAACUGCCUACUGGUAGAAACGUGUCAUCUCUUUGGAAGGAGGUGACAUCAUCUAGCCCCUUACAUGCUUUGAGAUGUGGUGCCCUGUGUUCCAUCGUAAAUACCAGGCAUGCCAACGAACAGGAUCAGAUGGCAGAAAGUUCAGAGAAAUACUGAGUAACGGAAAAAAGCUUCAGAUGGUCCAAAUAUUGGAACUCUUAGAUGGGCCUUUAAAAUAACUCAUGAUUGUAUUCAAGAAAAUAGGUGGGGGCCACAUUGUGGUGCAGGGAGUUAAGCCAUUACUUUUGAUGCCAGCAUCCUGUAUCAGAGCAUUGAUUUGAGUCCUGGCUCCAACCACUGCACUUUUUGUUUAAUGAUUUAUUCACUCAUUUGAAAGGCAGAGAUAGAGAAAGAGAGAGAUCUUUCAUCUACUACUUUACUCCCCCAAUGGCCGCAACUGUUCCAGGAGCUUCUUCCGGGUCUCUCAAGUGGGUGCAGGGGCCCAGGGACUUGGGCCAUAUUCUGCUUUCCCAGGCACAU